UGUAUAAAUUUCAUAAUUUCAUCAUGGCAGCAUGGCGUUUUCAGUAUCGCGAAGAAUAAACGAAAAACUCUUUAACUAAACAGGGAAUCGAAGUGAUUUUUUGGUAGCUGCUGCAGAACUACAAAUCUUUGGUUUUUAAUUGUGACGCAUUGUUCAGUUUCCCGAGUUCUCGACCACUAGGAAUUCACAAUCAAGAUGAACUGGCUGAGAGUCAAUGAGGACGGGGAGCCCGUGUACACGGCGGAACAGCUGGCCCGCAUGUUCCAGAUGUACCAGGCCUACACGGACAAGGAGAAGCAGAAGCACGAGCGGAUUCUGGACGAAGAGUACCGCGGCAAGAAGCGGAUGCAGGAGGACGCCGAGUCCAUCCAGCACCGCGAAGGCGCCGUUAUUAGCCGCGUUGAGCCGUGGGCUUUCGCGGUGGACGACUAUCGGCUGGCGGAUUACUGCAGCCGCUGUUUGGUGUCCAAAAAGACGGUGCCGGAGCUGAAGAAGUGCAGCAGUUGCUCUUAUUUGUCUUAUUGCGGAAAAACGUGUCAGGUUGCAGACUGGACGGAGCACAAAGUUCUGUGUUCGCUUUUCAAGAUGCGCGAGUUUUUCGAUAGGCGCGCUCUCGUGGAUACCAAAAUUCUCACGCUGUUUUUGAAAGUACUGGCUAAGCUCAAGCUUCAUGUGCAGAAGAAUGCAAACCCGUCAAACGGGACUACACGCGUUCCUCCUCAUUUAUUCUUUAACAUCAAGAUCAACGAUGCGCUGGUCAGCAAGGAUGAGCGCCUGCAGAAGACGUAUAAUAACUGGCUGCCGUUCAUCAAAGUGGCGGAUGAUAACGGCGCGGUUUGCGCGGACUUACCGACCUUCUGUCGUAUCUACGGACGAAUGAUGGUGGCACUGGGCCCGCUGCACGCCAAAGUCUGUGAACACUUUGAUGACACGGACAGUAAGCGGCCGUGCGAGAUCGGACUGGCAUUGCCGCUGAGCCUGGCUACUUACCAGCGCAGUUGCAUGCCCAAUGCGGCCGCUGUGAGCUCGGGUGGGACGCAGAUCGCAGUUAAAGCGCUAAAAAAUAUUCCGAAUGGGGAGCCGAUUACCGUUGGUUGGUCGAUUGACCGCUUCAGCACGCCAGAUUUACGGGAAAAACAGCUACGAAUGCGUUACUUGAAUUGCUCCUGCCCUGGUUGUACCGAUCCUUUGGUGAUUGAACGGCGCAAUGCGGUGCGCUGUGUAAACUCCAAAUGCGAAAUGGCCAUCCCUCUGGAUACUCGAAAAGCUUCCAAAUGUAAUCACUGCAAGCAAAUGGUCUCCACUGAUAGGAUGCUGGAAGCGGAUGUGAUCAUGCUGGAGUUAACGCAGCUGUUUACGACUCUGAACGAUAAGCCGUUUGGAUCGCGUGGUUUGACUGCGGACGAGUUCAAACAGUUACAUCAACUGUAUGAGAAAGCCAAAGGUCUGUUGCAUUGCACGAAUCUGGUUCUGGGAAUGGCCAACCGCGAACUUGCUAACCAUUUCCGGUCGAUUGAGCAACACACAAACAGCAUUCGUCACCUCAAAAGAAUGAUCUUAUCAGCAGAAAUUCAUCUGGGAAAAUACGACGAAAUCGUCAUGACUGCAAUGAUGGACAUGUUCACAUAUUACUUAGCGAAGCGACGAUUUAAGGAAGGACUGCCAAUUCUGGAAGAGACACGCAAACGGAUGAGUGUCAUCCCGGGUGACGAUACUGAUGAUUAUAAAGCUGUGGAUAAGUUGUGUCGAGCUAUGCAGAAAGAAAAUGCAGAUUUCUUCAAGUACUGCAAGGAUAUGGACUGGGAAACCAUUCCUGCUGGAAAAUAACGGCGGAAGUACAAUACCUUAUGGAAAUGCGCCGUCUAGCAGUUUAUUUUUUUUCUCUUGUAGAUAGAAAUGAGUACGUACAACUACACGGUGAUGGUUCACUGUUUUUUAUGAUACAUAACGCUCAACGGCACUAAUCGUAAGUAGGAAAUUAGGAACGAUUAUAGUAGUGACAAUACAUGUAACUGAAUAGAAAUUGUUGCGGUUCAGUCAUGCAUUGGGUUAAUCAAUUGUUUUUCCUGUUGAUUAUCAACUGUUCUGUUGAUCUGAUUCCCGUUUCCAUUGCUCAUGGGAUUAUCUGUCAAAUUCUAUAGAAAUACUCCGCUUUUUAGUUUUCUGUUUUUCGAUGCUCGCUGAAUUAUUAUUCGAAGAUGCCGUGCGCAUCGAAUUUAUAAAGUACUGUUUGGCAAAAGUGUAGGAAAGCCCCGUGUAGUCCUUU